AGAACGCUCACUUUGCAACUUGCACCUUCUUCGCAAAAUGGCCAACCCUAUCGUCUUCUUCGACAUGACCGUCGGCGGCGCGCCCGCGGGCCGCAUUGAGUUUGAGCUCUUCGCCGACAAGGUCCCGAAGACGGCCGAGAACUUCCGCGCGCUCUGCACGGGCGAGAAGGGCGUCGGCCGCUCGGGCAAGCCGCUCCACUUCAAGAACUCGGGCUUCCACCGUGUGAUCCCCAACUUCAUGUGCCAGGGCGGUGACUUUACGCGCGGCAACGGCACGGGCGGCGAGUCGAUCUACGGCGAGAAGUUCGAGGACGAAAACUUCCUCCUCAAGCACAAGGGCGAGGGCAUCCUCUCGAUGGCCAACGCCGGCCCCAACACGAACGGCUCGCAGUUCUUCAUCUGCACGGUCGAGACCGCCUGGUUGGACGGCAAGCACGUCGUCUUUGGCAAGGUCAUCAAGGGCAUGGACAUCGUCAAGAAGAUUGAGGGUGUCGGCUCGCAGUCGGGCCAGACCAAGAAGCCCGUCGUCGUCGCCGACUGCGGUCAGCUCUAAAUGCUCCCACGCGCUCUUAAUGACACAAUUAUUCCUUGAAAAACACA